CAAACGCAGAACGUGCCACAAGCUUUUUGGAGAGCGGAAAUCCCGAAAGAACAUUUAACGGAAAUUUACUUCGCUGUAAAUUCAAAUCGGAAAAACAAACCAAACGAAAAACGUGAAAGUAAAUAAACAAAUAAACAGCAAGAGAGGUGGGGAGGGGAAACAAUUCAAAAGGUUAAGAGACUUUCACGAGUGAAUUUUUCAAGUAAUUCCGAGACCGACUGUCUCCCAAAUCUACAAGCAUGGGCUGCGCCACGACCAGCGUUAAGAUCACCUCCAUUAUACUGAAUGCCAUUUUAGGGCUUCUGGCAUUGGGAUCCAUUGGAUGGAUCGCUUACAAUGCGGACACCGAGAGCGAGGAGUUUGUCAUCGCUGCGUAUGUGGCCUGCUCGCUCAUUCUGCUUCUCGCCAUGCUGGGCAUCCUGGCGGCCAUCCGUGAGUCGGUGGCCCUGACUGCAACGAGUGCCGUGUUCCUGCUGAUACUGGCCAUACCGCAGAUUGUGAGCACCUGCAUGCUGCUGCAUCAGUACGAUGUGCAAAGCGGACAGGAGACGGUGGAGGCGGCCUGGCAGGCGAACAACAUGGACGGACUGCAGCAGAAGCACGAGUGCUGCGGCAAGAGCAGUGCCCAGGACUAUGUGCAUCUUAACCAGCUGAUCCCGCCCAGCUGCUAUGCCGACCUGCAGCAGACCACCGACCACCUCUAUGUGGAGGGCUGCAUCGAGAAGGUGCAGAGCUUCUAUGAAAGCGACAAGGAGCGCUUCAUCAUUGUUUCCUGGGUUCUGGUUGCAUUCGAGUUGCUCUGCUUUGUGCUGGCCGUCUUUUUGGCCAUUAGCUUUCGUAACAAGCAGCGUCGCCUGGAGUUCUAGGAUGGCCCAGAAUCGGCCUGUUCCCACAGUACAAAUGGUUCGGACUUUGGGUCUCUCAAGUAUUUCCCGCCUUGGCAUUUCAUUACCAAAAAAAAAAAACAAAAACGAAGUCAUUCAUUAUUUACUCGUACCUAAAUCUAUCCUCUAAUUAAGUACAUCAUAUAGUCCAAUUAUCCAUAAAAAUUAUUGAAAUAAAUGUGCCUGUGUCUGUUAAAAAACUUUUCAUC